CCCCCAUAUAUGAUAGCUAGACGAUGUGCAAAGCAGUAGCUUGGGGCCGGCCUGGCUGUGCUUUUCCGAGAGAUUUUUAAGGUCGUGUGUCAAUGGCUCUGGGAUGUUGGCUGCUCGCCUUUCUUCUGCUCUCUUGUUAUACUGUACUGCAUCCAUUUCUUGGCUGGCUGGCUCUCUUUCCUCGCUGGGGGCCAUAUGCCUUUGUUUCUCUCCCCCUCAAGGUUGGUGGCACUUCCCUAACCUCGCGAAACUAAUCCCACUAGCCACUGUCACUAGCUAUAUAUAACCACCUCCAUUGUUACUUGUUUCCUUGUACCCCAUCCGAGAUCAAUAUCCAUCCAUCCAUCACCACCUAGCAGCUCUACACCUCUCUCUUAUAUUAGCUCUCUCUCUCUCUCUACCCCCAUUCAUGCUCAUCUCCUUCUAGCUUCCAGCUUAAUCCCUUCCUUGUCAAUGUUAAUGGACAAACUCUGAGCAUUGCACUACCCAUCAUCUCCUAGCUAGACUCACCUUAGCUUGUCUCUCUGCUGCUCCAGUGUGUGAUUCUUUCUCCCAUUUCCUGUUUGGUUUGCACUGAGUGAACAAGCAAUUAAGCUUGGUAGUAGUAGUAGUUGUUGUAUUGAUCGAUCGAUCGAUCUAGAGACGACGAUGAGCAUAUCGGUGAACGGGCAGUCGGUGGUGCCACCGGGGUUCCGGUUCCACCCAACGGAGGAGGAGCUCCUGACAUACUACCUGAAGAAGAAGGUGGCCUCGGAGCGCAUCGACCUCGACGUCAUCCGCGACGUCGACCUCAACAAGCUCGAGCCAUGGGACAUCCAAGAGAGGUGCAGGAUUGGGUCAGGGCCGCAAAACGACUGGUACUUCUUCAGCCACAAGGACAAGAAGUACCCGACGGGGACGAGGACGAACCGGGCAACGGCGGCCGGCUUCUGGAAGGCCACCGGCCGCGACAAGGCCAUCUACUCCAGCUCCAACCGCAUCGGCAUGCGCAAAACCCUCGUCUUCUACAAGGGCCGUGCCCCCCACGGCCAGAAAUCAGACUGGAUCAUGCACGAGUACCGCCUCGACGACCCCUCCUCCGCCUCCGCCUCCGUCUCCGUCAACCUCCCCUCCUACUACUCUUCCUCCUCAUCGUCAUCUUCCCCAAUGCACGGUGUCGCCGGAGACCAAGGAGCUCAGGAGGAAGGCUGGGUGAUCUGCAGGGUGUUCAAGAAGAAGAACCUCGUGCACCACGGCGGCGGCGCCGCCGCGGCGAGCCACCACGCGGCGGCCAAGCUCGCGGCGGCGGCCAUGGAGGGCAGCCCGAGCAACUGCUCGACGGUGACCGUUAGCGACCACGUCAAGGCGCAGAUGCUGCACUCGUCCGCCAGCGACGACGCCCUCGACCACAUCCUCCAGUACAUGGGCCGCUCCGGCUGCAAGCAGGAGACCAAGCCGGCGGCGAUGUCGGCGUCGUCGGCGGCAGCGGCGGCGGCGCUGGAGCAGCACCUCAGUACGCCUCAGUACGGCAAGUUCAUGAAGCUUCCGCCGCUCGAGCACGUCGCCGGCGGCGUGGGCCUCCUGGCGGCGGCCGGCGGCGGCGGCGAGUACUGCUCCGCCGCCGACGCGUCGGGGAUCGCCGACUGGGACACGCUGGACCGGCUCGCGGCGUCGUACGAGCUCAACGGCGCCCUCUCCGACGUCGCCUCCGGCAAGAACAUGGCCGGCUUCUUCGACGUCGUCGAUCAGCCCGCCGGCGCCGCCGCCUUCUCCUCCGGCGACGGCGACCUGUGGAGCCUUGCGCGGUCGGUGUCAUCGUCGCUACACGCAGACUUGACGACCAUGAAUAACGUAUAAUAAUUGGAGACAAGAGGUGACGAUGGAGAUGAUGCAUCUAGACGUGGAUGGCGUAUGCGUGCACUAACUCUACUCUUAAUCUGGUCGGUCUACGCAUAUUGCAUGCAUGCAUGGACGACGGUAUUGUACGUACGUGAUCAAUAAUUAAUUACUAGUUAGGGUUCCAGCGAGAGUACAAGACGACGACGACGACACAAUAGCUAGCUGAGCUGGCCAUGUGAGCAAGCUCUAGACACUAGGUCAAGAUCUAACCGUCGAUCGAUCUGAGCCGUUGAUCGAUCGAUCGACGAUGAUGGUGUUGAUCGAUCGAAUUAUAGUGCAGUGGUCGAGCGAGUUGUUGUGUCGAUCUGAAACAAGAGAGAGGAAAAAAAGAAUUAAAAGGACGUACGGCGUGGUAGGAGAGAGAGAGAGAGAGCAUAUAUAAAUAUUAUGUAUCUAUAUAUUGUUAUAUAUUGUACCUAUAGCUUAUUAUAUAUCAAAGACAUUUUUCUAGUGCAGCGAGGUGUGAUUUCUUUUCUGAUGAUCAUAUCAUAUAUAUCAUCAUCGAUCACUGAUCACCGUGUGAGUGUACUAAUUAUUGUGUGAUCGAUCGCUCGAUGGAUGGAUUAAUAAACUAGUUGUGUGCCUGUGCGCGUGUUUUUUCAGAGCUAGCAUUAAUUCUUUAAUUCUCCUCAUGUUUCACUCUUGCUGCGGGUGUUGUUAUAUAGACACGUGGUGUGGUUGUUUUUUUUCUUUCAUGGCUAUAGACUUGUAUUUUUCU